AAUAAUAACAAGAAGGCGAAAUGGCUGUAAAGGGAGCGCACUUGACAGGAACGACUUAUGCCAAACCGUCGAUUUUUGAAAUUGUUGCUCAAGAAUCUUUAGCAACUACUCUUCAACCUGCAUUGAAAAAAGUAAUUUCGUUCUUAUUAACGUGCAACCCGGAAAGGUAUGGUUGGCUCCUACGAUGGUCAGAUGAAAUAUACCUGGUUCUUCAUGCUGUACUUCAAAACUAUUAUUUAAAAAAUUAUUCCGCAUCAUUUUCUGAAACAUUUUAUGGGCUAAAGCGCAUUAAUUUGACAAAUUCCAAAAUUCAGAAAAAAUUAUCAGAGAGGCAAGAAAGGUUGACACUUAUCCUCCUGGUAUUAUUCCCUUACUUAUGGGAAAAGAUUUCAUAUCUGGUUAAUAAAUACAGAUUAAAUGCAGAAUCUGAAGCAUCGAAUAAGGGUGUGCGAAGUUCUUUCACAAGGUGUAUCAUUCGUGGAUAUACGAUCGGUCAUGUUACCUAUCAGACCUUAGUCUUAUACUAUUAUAUACUUUAUAUAGCAGGACGUUCUUCUUCUCCAACUCCGUUACUGAGGCUGGCUUCAUUAACAUUGACUUAUUCAGAACCGCACAAAGUCGCCACAAUAAGCGAUCUCCUUAGAAAAGUAAAAGAAGGUCAAUUUAGUAUCGACGACAGUAUCGAUGUUCUUAAAAGGACUGUCACUAGAUCCCUUGAGCUUGGAGCAUUUUUCCUUCAAUUCAUGCAGUGGUGGAAUCAAGAGAAUUAUUUCACAAACUUAACGGCGCUUCCAGCACCACCACCUCCUGCAGUUCCAGAGUCAGCAAAAAAAUAUUCAGGAUUAUGCCCAGUCUGUGGUGAAACACGCCGCAUACCUACUGUACUCGCUGUGUCAGGAUAUAUAUUUUGUUACAAGUGCAUUCUGUCUAAGGUGCAGAAAGAAGGAAAAUGUCCUGUAACCAAUUACCCUGCUCGAGAAGAUGAUCUAAUUCGCUUGUACUUGAAUUAGAUACGCUCCACAUUCCAAAAUGAUUACAUUGAGAGGGUCUAUGUAAAUGUUGUUUGGUUAUUCAAAAAUGUAAAUAAUUCAGAGUAUUUAAAUAAAAUUGUACGUUAAUUAAA